AUGCGUGAAGCGCGCAUCAAGGCGCUGUUUGCGGAUUCGGGGCUCAUUGGUCGGCAGCUCGAAUGCACGUUCGACAGCUACCGCGUCAGCACGCCGCAACAGCAGGCGGUGUUUGAUGACUGCCGUGCCUACAUGGACCUGUUCGUGCGUGGCCAGGACCUGCCGAAAACCACGCUCUGGCUAAUCGGCACGCCGGGUACAGGCAAAAGCCAUCUGGGUUCGGCCAUGGUGAACCACCUCAUCGCCAACCAUGCCACGCCGGCACGGAUUCACACUGUCAAGGAAUUGAUCCGCAUGCUGCGCGCGACAUGGGGCCGGAACGCGGUGACCACCGGUCAGACAUGGGUGGAACACGGUGAUGGCAGCGGAUCGUUUGACACGUCCGCCGCACCAACAUCCGAGGAUGAGCUGAUCCGCGACCUUGGCAAUUGCACGCUGUUGGUGCUGGAUGACGUUGGUGCUGCCCAUGGCUCCGAAGCAGAGCUGGUGCAACUGCUGGAAAUCGUGGACCUGCGCUAUCGCUUGGAGAAACCUACGGUCGUGCUGUCCAACCUCUCGGCGACCGACCUGAAGGCGGCGCUAGGCGGCAGGCUCUAUGACCGCCUGCGCGAAGGCGCAACCAUGAAGGUGUGUAAGUGGGAAAGCGGUCGAGGUCAGUUCCCGACCAGGGCGGCCGCAUGA